AUGAUUUUUGAGAUUUCAAAUUGCUGUAAAGAUAUUAGUAAUUGCUUCAUAUCCUCAAAAAUUAAUUCAUUAUAGAAUUAAGAAACUUUACUUGAAAAGAUUCAAUCCUUAUAAGUAUUAUGAUUAUAUUAAAAUUUAAUAGGAUAGUUUCAAAGAAUUUGAUUUUUGGUUUAAAACGCAAUUUAACAAUGAAGAAAUUUUGGUUAAUUAUAUUUACACAUAAUUGAUGGAAGUUAGAAAAAUAAAUAAAGUAGUACAAUUCAAAAAAAUUGAUGAAAAAUCUUCUGACAUUAAAGGCUUAAGUGUUGAUUCUUAAAAAAGCGCAGAAACUUAAUCUAGUAUCUGCAGUGCAAUGUAUAAAAAUUAAGCAUAGCUAUAGACAUUAAUAUAGGCAACACACAAAAAAACUCUAGAAAAAAGGAGCGUAAUUAAUGGAACUUCUUAACUCUAACAAAGAAGAAAAAAUAGAUUAAUCAAAUCUCCAAACUCCAUCUAAACCUUAUUCCCUAGAUAAAAUCUAUUAUGUAAUUAAUUUUGAGAUUAAUUGCUUAAAAUAGUAUGAAAUUAAUGGGGAAGAGGAAAUUUAAUUGUAAACAAUAGAAGAUUAAGAAGUGUUAAAAUGGAUUAUUGACACAGUCUAAGCUAAGAAUCAUUACAAAUAAAGUUUACAAUGCACAAUCAAUUCUGCUUAGGAAUUAGCAAAUUAUUAGAUUGAAGAUUUUACUUAAGCCUUUGAAAAAAUGAAUUCUUAAGAAUCUUUUUAAAGUAGGGAUUUAAAUAUGAGAUCAAUCAGCAAUUAAUCUUUUUAAAUUAAUUAAGAUACUUUCAAAUAAUUGAUUGUAGACAAAAUAAAAUAGAGUAUGGCUGAAUAAAAUGAAAAAAGAGAUAAAGAAAAAUUAAAAAAGUCUAUUGCAUAAAAUAAAUAAGAUAGUUCUGAUUCAAAAGUCUGUAUGUGUUCAAUUUUUUGA